CAGUAGGGCAGCGCUCUCCCCGGCACAUGCAGAGCGCACAUGUAGCGUGGCUUUACUGAACACAUACCACGGUCGAAUAAGCGCAUCAAACUCCCCUCAGCCCCAGAUCCCCGCCAAUGAAAAUGCACAAAACCGUUAAAGGGAGAGAGGGAGAGAAAGGACUCCGCGAGAUACAAAGACUGAGCCAAAUCCCACACAAACACACAAAACAAGUUGAGCGAACGGAAAGGCGGUCACAUUUCCUACUUACCUGCAAACGUGAUCGAUGUGGGUGUUUGUAUCAGUGGGUGUGUAUGCCAAGUCUGACACUCAGCUCACGGAUGUGCUGACUGUACUUUCUUGGAAUUCAUGAGAAGUGUUUAAUCUUUGCUCGUGCAACAUCACACACGCUCGAGCCGAGGCGCAGUAUCCAGCGCGCAGAAGGCAUCCAGGUAUCUUUGAGGAGACCAGUUUGUCUAACUCGCGUCAGACCACAGCUGAGCACCGAGAGAGACACCUGCCUGCAGUUUGCUGGGGAAACUUUACGUGCACUGGACACAUUUCCAUCACCGCUUCCCAUUUUUUGCGCAUGGAGCAGGUGUUUUACGCAAAGCUGUUUUUUGACUUUCUCACUUGUCUUCAAAAGACUUUUGCUCCGGUCUAGUGACAUUCACGGACGUCUAUCUUCAAGUCUGUUUAAACUGAUCGACAUCAACAAGAGACAUGGAUAACAGCCCUGGAGGUGGAGUCAUCCUGUAUGCAGGCUCCUCCGGCAGUUCCAGUCCCAGCCCUGGCAGCCCCUCCAGUGGGUACCAGACACAGUCACCCUCUUCACACUCCCAGCCCUCCUCUCCAGAGGAGGUUACCUUCACAGAGAUUGGGGCGUUGAAACAGCGGACAGGCGGGUGCACCACGCCAUCCUCCAAACUGGUGUUCCAGUUCCCAGAUGUCUACUCUGGCCCCUCAGCAGCGGCCACUCCGCAGCAUACCUAUUCACACCCCAUCGCAGGAAAGAGGCCGUGUGGGUUCUCAGGAACAUUCACAAAGACAGGUGGAAUGGUCCUGCUUUGCAAAGUCUGUGGGGACAUCGCAUCUGGUUUCCACUACGGAGUGCAUGCAUGUGAGGGUUGCAAGGGUUUUUUCCGCCGCAGCAUCCAGCAGAACAUCAACUACAAGAUGUGUGUAAAGAACGAGAACUGUCUGAUUAUGCGCAUGAACCGCAACCGGUGCCAGCACUGCCGCUUCAAGAAAUGCCUCUCCGUUGGCAUGUCAAGAGAUGCUGUGCGUUUUGGCCGCAUUCCUAAGAGAGAGAAGCAGCGACUUCUGGAUGAGAUGCAGAGCUACAUGAACAGCCUAAAUGAGUCAGCUGCCAUGGAAAUGGACUCAUCUUCAGUGAGGGACACUCCCUCCACCCCCGAAGAAGGCAGCUCAAAAGAGGCCAUUGGGGCCAUCUCCAGAGCCUACCGCGAUAUCUUCACCAGCAGCAGCAGCAACCGCAGCAGCAGCCAGGAGAGAGCAGCCAAGAGGGUUAACAUGACCUCCACCACCAACAACAACACAUCUCCCUUUUCUCAGGAUGCCAAUUUCCACCAAGUCUCCUCUCACCCCACAUCUGCCCAGAGUUAUCAGUCUUGCCCUGUUGCAUCUGCCACUCAAUGCCCAGUUGCCCCUAAUGACAACCAACAUACAUUCCACAAUGUGGACAACAACCGCUACACCUACUUAGUGUCAACUAAUCAGAAUCAUGAUGCAACACGUCAAAAGGGCAGCUCUGUCAAUCAUAACAAUUUUCGCAACGCAGGAAGUACCGAAAAUCAGCCCUCCUGCCCAUGGAAGUUAGCUCCAGGAGCUAAAGUGCUGGCCUGUCCUCUCAAUGCAUGGCCUGUAUCAGGGGCAGAGCGCUCAAGUCAAGAGAUAUGGGAAUCCUUCUCUCAGUGUUUCACUCCUGCUGUUAAGGAGGUGGUCGAGUUUGCUAAAGGCAUCCCAGGAUUUCAAGAGCUUAGCCAACAAGACCAGGUCAUGCUGCUCAAAUCAGGCACCUUUCAGGUUCUGAUGGUGAGGUUCUGCACCUUGUUUAAUGCUCAGGAGCGUACAGUGACCUUCCUAAAUGGCCAAACUUACCCCCUGUCCACCCUGCGGGUCUUGGGUAUGGGCUCUCUGCUGGACGCAAUGUUUGAGUUCAGUGAGAAGCUGGGCUCCCUGGGGCUAGAGCCUGAUGAAAUGGCCCUCUUUAUGGCGGUGGUGCUGGUUUCUGCAGAUCGUUCCGGCAUCUCGGACAUGCGGGCUGUGGAGCAGCUACAGGAGGGUCUGAUCCGUGCUCUACGAUCACUGAUCACCCGCCGGCGCCCAGAUGACACCACCCUCUUUCCCAAACUUCUCCUGCGUCUGCCGGACCUGCGCACCCUCAACAAUCUGCACUCUGACAAACUGUUGGCCUUUCGCAUCGACCCUUGAGUGCACUGCUUGUUCACAGAGCACAAAGACACAAACUGUUUUACAAGGAAAUAUACAGUACACCCCCCCACACACACAAACACACACACAAACACAGAGAUAUUAUCUUCCAAGGGCAGGACUUCCUUCAGAAUUGAGGAACAAGGAGUUGUGCAAUCUGAGGAGUGUUUUUCAAAAGGAUAAAUGAGGCCAGUAGCGAACAUAUUUCUGAUUCGUUAUUGAUCUUCAUGCAAUGUUUUGGGACAAAGAAACAUACACACACAAACUCAUGUAUACACAUUAACCUCAACACCUCUUAAGAGACAUUGUUCCAGUAAAAUAAUUAUUGUGUAGACUUACUAUUACCCUUUUGGACAAAUCAUGUGUGCACUUGCUCAUUAUAUCCAGUGUACUUAAGAAUAAAAGCCAGUUCACUUCUGUUUAUUCCUUAACUCGUACAGUAUCAACAGGCGAUCACUAAGCAGCAAGCUGAAAGACGGAUAUCUUAGCUCCAAACCAUUAUUACUUAGGGACCAUUAGUGAUGAUUGACUAUGUGUCAGUUUGUGUUUAAGAGAAAGGGAACCUGUAUAUAAUACAUAGCGGAAUCUGAAAUAUUAAGGUAACUGUGUAUCACUGUUUCACAAACAUACCAUCUGCAUUAGUACUGGAAUGAGAUCACCAUUUUAAUGUGUCACUUGUACACAAUAGGAUGCAUUCUGUCUUACUGUUUUUGACUGAUCUUCCAGAGAACAUUUGGUACACCAAUGGCAUUUUAUAUUAUUUCACAAAAACAUUGUGUCUGUGUCACUAUAUUGUAUCACAUCUGGACUGAUGGAGACACUCCAUGCAUGUUGGAUUUUGUAGUUCCUUUGUUUAUUUUUGUUGCUGUAAAUAUUAUGUUACCCCAAUGUCUAUGUAUCAAUGACUGAUUAAUGGAUCGGAUGGAUGAGUUCGGUGUAAAGAAGAAUGUACUGAGCUUCCUGUAUUAGGUGGGGGUUUGGUCAUGCCAAAGGGGGCUUUGCACAGGAGAAUAUGUAGAAGGGAUUUUCAGAUGGUUUAGACACACUUCCUGCUAUCAGAUGACGUAACCAACCAGCAUAAUUCCUGAAAUCACCAGCACUCACUCCACAUGCACCCUUCCUCUGCCCCCAAUGUUUGUCAUACAAACACAAGAGAUAUUUUUGGGUGAGAGAUCUUAUUUGAUUGGUCCUCUCACUGUUUGCUUGUUUGAUUAUGGCUGAUUGAGGACAUCUUGUACAUUUUGUAAAUCUUUAUUCCUAAAUAGAAAUGAUAUAAAGUUCAAAUUAUGUAUAA